CGGUGGUUGCAUCGUAGGGACACAGGCUUAUAAUGACAACAUAUUUAUGUGCCACUGGAGAGGGACACAACUGUAAAUGUAUAUCUGGUAGCUUGUUUUACUGUGACCCGUAAUGGCAAAGCUAACUGUCUGUAGAGUCUUACAUAGAAGUUCACUGGCUCUCUGUCGCCAUUUCCAUAUAAAUCUGCCGCUGGACAAGGCCAAAACAGGAGCCGAGCAGAGAUGGCUGUCAAGACAGCUGAGUGACCCUUUUGUGAAGGCAGCACAGACACAAAACUACCGCUGCCGUAGUGCGUUCAAACUAUUGGAGAUUGACACAAAGCACAAUAUCUUGCUGCCAGGGCAUCGCGUUAUUGACUGUGGGGCUGCUCCGGGAGCGUGGAGUCAGGUGGCAGUUGAGAAAGUAAAUGCAUUAGGUGGAGGUCCUAGAGUUAGUGCUGGUUUUGUACUUGGAGUGGAUCUUCUUCACAUCUCUCCAUUGGACGGAGCAGUUUUUCUCUCAAAUUCCGACAUUACAGAUGUACACACCCAUAAUAAAAUAAUGAGUCUUCUUCCGUCUGGGAAGGCAGAUGUCAUCUUAAGCGAUAUGGCUCCAAAUGCCAGUGGGAUUCGAGAAUUAGAUCAUCAGAGUCUUGUCUCCAUGUGCCUUUGUCUUCUGGACUUCUCUGAAAAGGUUUUGUGCGCUGGUGGAACUUUUCUUUGCAAAAUCUGGGAUGGCAGUGAAAGCAAGAUUUUACGAGACCGACUUUUGAAGAGGUUUCAGGAUGUGAGGACGGUAAAACCUAAAGCAAGUCGCAAGGAGUCCGCUGAGACAUAUUUCUUGGCAAAAGGACACAAAGAAGUGAAAACACUAAAGAUAUAAUAAGAGAAUAAAAGAAAAAACAUAUUUGUUGUGUUUUAAAGGAAUGUAUAUGCAAAGUAUAUAUUUAUUUUUGCAUUAUGUUUAUAAAGUUUGUAGAAAGUUGCUCAAAUUUUACAGUAUUUAAAGGACCAGUAAACACAGCAGAUUUGCAUAAUCAACAAAUGCAAUAUAACAAGACAAUACAAUAGCAUUUACUCAGAAUUUCAAAUGAGUAGUAGAUUCUUUUCUAACACAUUUUAAAGUUAUGUAUAUUUCCACUCCCCCUGUACCAUGUGAUAGCAAUCAGCCAAUCACAAAUGCAUAUACGUAUAGUCUGAGUUCUUGCACAUGCUCAGUAGGAGCUGGUGACUCAAAAAAAGUGUAAAUAUAAAAGACUGUGCACAUUUUUUUUAAUGGAAGUAAAUUGGAAAGUUGUUUAAAAUUACAUUCUGUAUCUGAAUCAUGAAAAUUUAAUAAAGCCUGAGUGUCCCUUUAAUAUA